UUUCCGGUGGAAAGAUCUCGUAGGUGUCCUGGAUCUCUGAUGCAACUUUGUUAUGGUGUCAUUUGUGAAGGAUCACUGGAUACUUUGUCCUUAAAUGAGCGUAUUUGAUCUGUUUCGUGGGUUUUUCGGGGUUCCCGGUGGUCAUUAUCGUGGUGAUGGCCGCAGGGACCCCUUCUUUGAUGGGAUGAUUCAUGAAGAUGAUGAUGAUGAUGAAGAUGAAGACAAUGACAGUGGAUGUUACUACGAUGACUUUAACAGGCCACGUCGGGACCCGUUUGACGACGCCUUCAGAUUUGGUUUCAGCGUUGGGCCCGGCGGGAUGCGCUUCGAGGAACCUCAGCUGUUUGGCCAGAUCUUCAGGGACAUGGAGGAGAUCUUUGCUGGUCUAGGUCGAUUUGAUGAGGGCCAUGGCUUUGGACGUAGAGAUGUCCCGUCAAUAGAAGCUCCGCCUCCUCAGGAAGGUGUCGAGAAAGGCAGGAGUGGGACAGGAAGUAGUAACCCGUUCAGAGAUUUCAUGUUGAAGUCUCCUGAGAGCUCACCCUACAAUCCACCCCUCCCUCCCCCCUCUGUGGGACCAAAGGACAAGGAUUCCUCAUUUCCACAAGGCCCCAGCAGCCCCUUUCCCCAGUGGACCCCCUUCUCAAAGUUUCAUGAUCUUUGGAAAGAUAGUCUAUUAAGACCGAAGGAGAACGAGAAAAAAGAGGAUGGAGAUCUGGACUCGCAGGUGUCUUCAGGUGGGCUGGAUCAGAUCUUGACUCCAGCACCUAUACAGCCAAAGACGAGGUCAUUCUUCAAGUCUAUCAGCGUCACCAAGGUGGUCAGACAAGAUGGAACAGUAGAAGAAAGGCGAACAGUCAGAGAUGGUGAAGGUAAUGAAGAGACUACAGUGACCAUCUCAGGGGGUUCUGGUGUCCAAGAUGGGCCGCAAGAUCAGUCUGGUCCUCUCAUGCCAGGCCGCUCUGACAUGCAGGAUGAUUUCUCCGUGUUUUCAAAGUUCUUCGGAGGCUUUCGAGGCUGAAAGAGGCUCUGGACACAAACCAAAGGACAAUCUUUCUCAGCAAACCUAUCAACUGCAAUCUAAAAGAUAAUUAGUGAAUAUUUUCAUUCUUAUGCCUGAUUGAAUUCUUCAAUGUUUAUGUGGAGAUCCAGUCUUGAUGAUAUGAGUAAACAAUUAUUUUCUGCCACAAAAUGACCUUGAUAACUUUGCCUACUUCUUUCUUUUGAAUAUAAUUUCCAGUAAGGAUGUAUAAAUAAUUAUAUAACAAUUUCAUGAACUUUGGGGCAGUUGUUGAAGUCA